AUGCGUGAAAUUCUUCACAUUCAAGGAGGCCAAUGUGGGAAUCAAAUUGGAUCAAAGUUUUGGGAGGUGGUUUGUGAUGAGCACGGCAUCGAUCCCACCGGCCAGUACGUCGGAAAUUCUGAUUUGCAGCUAGAGAGAGUCAAUGUUUAUUACAAUGAGGCUAGUAAUGGCCGGUACGUGCCACGGGCCGUGCUCAUGGACCUUGAGCCGGGUACUAUGGACAGCGUUAGAACGGGUCCAUACGGUCAGAUUUUUCGGCCCGAUAACUUUGUGUUUGGGCAGUCUGGAGCCGGGAACAAUUGGGCCAAGGGCCAUUACACUGAGGGUGCUGAGCUUAUUGAUUCUGUGCUUGACGUUGUGAGGAAAGAGGUGGAAAAUUGUGACUGCUUGCAAGGGUUUCAAGUGUGUCAUUCACUUGGAGGAGGAACAGGAUCAGGAAUGGGGACUUUGCUGAUAUCAAAGAUCAGAGAGGAAUAUCCAGACAGAAUGAUGCUGACAUUCUCAGUAUUUCCUUCUCCAAAAGUAUCAGACACAGUUGUUGAGCCUUACAAUGCCACACUUUCUGUUCAUCAGUUGGUGGAAAAUGCUGAUGAAUGUAUGGUCCUUGACAAUGAAGCUCUCUAUGAUAUCUGCUUCAGGACUCUCAAGCUCACCACUCCCAGCUUUGGGGACUUGAAUCAUCUAAUUUCAGCAACAAUGAGUGGAGUAACAUGUUGCUUAAGGUUUCCAGGACAGCUAAAUUCUGACCUGAGAAAAUUAGCGGUGAACUUGAUCCCAUUUCCCAGGCUUCAUUUCUUCAUGGUGGGAUUUGCUCCUUUAACAUCAAGAGGCUCACAGCAGUAUCGCUCACUCUCAGUCCCCGAAUUAUCUCAACAAAUGUGGGAUGCCAAGAACAUGAUGUGUGCGGCCGACCCUCGCCAUGGCCGCUACCUCACAGCAUCAGCAAUGUUCAGAGGCAAAAUGAGCACAAAAGAAGUGGAUGAACAAAUGAUAAAUGUGCAGAACAAGAACUCAUCAUACUUUGUUGAAUGGAUUCCAAACAAUGUGAAAUCAAGCGUUUGUGACAUCCCACCAAAAGGGCUGGCAAUGUCAUCGACAUUCAUCGGGAAUUCGACGUCGAUUCAGGAGAUGUUCAGGAGAGUGAGUGAGCAGUUCACAGCCAUGUUUAGAAGAAAAGCUUUCUUGCAUUGGUACACUGGAGAAGGAAUGGAUGAGAUGGAGUUCACUGAGGCAGAAAGUAAUAUGAAUGACCUUGUUGCUGAGUAUCAGCAGUACCAGGAUGCCACUGUUGACGAAGAUAUUGAAUAUGAAGAUGAAGAUGCUGGCACUGACAGCUGAAGGUGUUCACCAUCUUUGCUGCUGAAAAUGUUGAGUGCAGCAAUUCAGCAGAACUAUUGAAUUAGAGUUACUUGGUGUUGAGUGUUUUGAGGGAUUUCCCUAAUGGAUUUGAUUCUCUGUGAGUGCAAAUUAAUGACUUUAUUUUGUUUCUCUUUGAAGAGAAGAUCAUGCCCUUUGAUCUGUUUCAUGUACUUCAUUUGGCUGUUCAUCUUCAUCUACUGCCAUUUUUAUAAGCAAAGUUUGGGUUUAUUAGCACAAGACCAAGUUUUGAUUGUCCCUUGUUUCGCAAA